AUGGAUCCGAAUAACAGGAACAACAUGAACUACGGGUACAAUGACCGUAACUACAAUGGCAAUGCCAACAACCGUGCCUAUCCCACCACUCCCUCCGCGUUUCCCCAGCCCAUCUAUCAGACUCAGGGGGCUCAGGACUAUGUCGAUCCCUCCAACCCAGCGUAUGCACCGGGUUACUUCAUGCCUCAACCCUACCCACCUCAGGUGCAGGCGCAGUAUGCCCAGCAACAGCAGCAACAGCAGCAGUACGCUCAGCAGCAAGCCUUGCAAUCGCCCCAACCCGCCUACCAACAACGCAUGGGUUACGCCAAUGACGGUACCAACGGCUUGAUCCAGCAAUUUUCUAACCAGGACCUCAAUGCGAACCGAGCAGGCUUCUUCAAUCGGGCUGCAUCGCCAGCCCAGCGGCCUCGCACCGCUGGUGGUUCUCCAGCCCAGGCCCCGGCCCCGGCUUCUCACCUGAUUCCCCCAGUGCCCCGUAGCCCUCGACCCCCCUCUGAGAAUGAGGAAUUGCAACGUUUCCCCGACCGGUACUCAGAGAAUGUGCACAAGCGGGGCAAGGCCGCGAAGGAGCUUGUGACUGUGUUCUUCCACGAGAACAUUGAGCGGGCCCGUGACCGUAACAUGCGCUCGGCGGAACUCGACAAGACAAUUCGUGACCCCAACCUCCCCAUUGAGAAGAAGCGCCAGGAUGCCGAUGUCAUCUCAAAAAGAGAAUCCGACUUCCUUCGAUUCCUACGCACCAAGGAGACUCCGAACAACUUCCAGACUAUCAAGAUUAUUGGAAAGGGUGCCUUUGGUGAGGUCAAGCUCGUGCAGCGCAAGACCGAUGGCAAAAUCUACGCUCUCAAGUCUUUGAUCAAGACGGAAAUGUUCAAGAAGGAUCAACUCGCCCACGUCCGUGCUGAGCGUGAUAUUUUGGCGGAUUCAAAGGACAACCCUUGGCUGGUCAAGCUACACGCUUCGUUCCAGGACACUGCGUAUCUUUACCUGCUGAUGGAGUUCUUGCCUGGUGGUGAUUUGAUGACCAUGUUGAUCAAAUACGAGAUCUUCUCCGAGGAUAUCACCCGCUUCUACAUGGCCGAAGUUGUGAUGGCAAUAGAGGCUGUGCACAAGCUUGGCUUCCUUCACCGUGACAUCAAACCCGACAACAUCUUGCUUGACCGCGGUGGUCACGUCAAGCUUACCGAUUUUGGUCUUUCGACCGGAGGCAAAAAGACCCACGAUAACGCUUAUUACCAGAACCUUCUCAAAAACUCUACUUCCAAGGACCGGAACCGCAACUCUGGUUACUUUAAUGAUGCGAUUAACCUCACGGUAUCCAACCGUGGACAAAUCAACACCUGGCGAAAGUCCCGUCGUGCCAUGGCCUACUCGACUGUUGGAACUCCGGAUUAUAUUGCGCCUGAAAUCUUCAACGGCCAAGGAUAUACAUACCUUUGCGAUUGGUGGUCUGUUGGUGCUAUCAUGUUCGAAUGUCUGGUUGGCUGGCCUCCUUUCUGUGCGGAGGACACAACCGAUACCUACCGGAAGAUCGUCAACUGGAGAGAGUGCUUGUACUUCCCUGAUGAGCUGGUUCUCUCGCGUGAUUCCGAGUCCCUGAUCCGGAGUUUCCUUUGUGACCCCGACCACCGUAUCGGCAGCGAUGGUGGCCAGCAUGGAGGCGCAUCACAGAUCAAGAACCAUCCCUUCUUCAGAGGAGUUGUCUGGGAUCAAUUGCGGAGCAUUCGCGCUCCCUUCGAGCCACGCCUCAGCUCCAACAUCGAUGUGUCAUACUUCCCCAUUGAUGAGAUCCCUCAGGAGGAUACCAGCGCCAUCCACCGUGCCCAGGCUCGUGCCAUGCCGGACUCACAGGAAGCCGAGAUGAGUCUGCCAUUCAUUGGUUACACCUACAAGGCCUUCAACGCCUUCCAGAGUAACUAG